AACAUUUUUAAUGUUUCAGAGAAUUGUGUAAUUUUGUAGAACUUACUCUUCAAAAUGUGAUGUUAUUUAUCUGGAGCGUCGGAAGAGGUUGAACCGUAGUGUGGAGGCAAGGAGAGGGAUGGCCAUGUUACGGUCCGUCCAGCGCCUGGUGGCGGGUAGUAAUUGUGUCAUUCAUCCAAAGGCUCAAUGGCUUGUCCACCCAACUGUUACUUCACAUGUCACAAAGAGGAUGCUUGGCAUGAUCCCUAUUGUAAUAGAACAGACAGGAAGAGGAGAACGCGCCUAUGACAUAUUCUCUCGUCUCUUGAAGGAGAGAAUCAUUUGCAUCAUGGGCCCAAUAGAUGAUAACAUAUCAAGUUUGGUAAUUGCACAGCUUCUAUUUCUUCAGUCAGAAAAUACCAAGAAACCCAUUCAUAUGUACAUUAACAGCCCAGGUGGAGUUGUCACAUCUGGUUUGGGAAUCUAUGACACCAUGCAGUAUGUUCAACCCCCUAUUGCUACUUGGUGUGUGGGUCAAGCCUGUUCAAUGGCCUCACUUCUGCUGGCAGCUGGCACCCCAGGGAUGAGACACUCACUGCCACAUGCACGCAUCAUGAUCCACCAACCCCACGGAGGAGCUCAUGGCCAGGCAACGGAUAUUCAGAUACAGGCAGAAGAGAUUCUACGAUUAAAGGACAGACUAACUCAUUUGUAUGUUAAACAUACAGGCACUGUGUUGGAAAAAAUUGGCCCAAUGAUGGAGCGUGACAAGUUCAUGGAUGCCAAUGAUGCUAAAGAAAUUGGGUUAAUUGAUAAAGUGCUGACCAGUCCACCAAAAGUAGGAGAUGCACCACCUGACACUCCAGAGUGACCAGUUGUACACUGCCAACCUCAGUAAUAUUUCAUGGUCACCACCACUAACCCACAUUUCCAUCUGGGUAACACUUCAACCAUGUGCAGCUAGUAUGAAACUUAGGUUUAUCUUUUUGGGGGAUAAAAGUUUCUCUUCAGUAUUCAAUUGUGACUGCAAUAUUAUCACCAAACUCCAUAAUAAGUAAUGUUUUCAUAUUUUAAUUGAGCUUUAUGUAUGAAAUAAAAGUGACAAUGAAUUUAUGGAGCAAGUAGUGCAGUAAAUGUUUAUUAAUGAGCCAUUUUUAUAAUUGCAAUGGAAAGUAUGAAUUAAGUUAUACUGUAUUUUUGUAAGUUAAAACAAUAAUAUAACCUUUAUCUGAUGGUUGGAAAGUUAUACAAAUGAAACACUAUCACGAGAUGAUAAUGUCCCAUGGCACCUUUUAUAUGAAUGAUGAGGUCUUGAUGCUGUUGUGAUGAUGAGAAUUGUUGCAUGGCAUUGUAUUUGUGGUUAUUACUGCUUAUAAUGUUUGUGAAUUUUAGGGUUUAUCUAAUUGUCAAAUAAAACUAUUACGUUA